AUGUCAGACGACGAAUUUCAACCACUUGAACCCACUCUUCAGAAUAUUCUCGAUCAAACAUCACUUCACUGGAUCUUUGUGGGUGGAAAGGGUGGUGUUGGUAAAACCACCACGUCUUGUUCUUUGGCUGUUCAACUUUCCAAAGUGCGUGAAUCUGUCUUGUUGAUCUCUACGGAUCCUGCCCAUAACUUAUCUGACGCAUUUGGACAAAAGUUUUCCAAGGAAGCAACUCUGGUCAAUGGUUUCAGUAACUUGUAUGCAAUGGAAAUUGACCCUACUUCUAGUAUUCAAGAGAUGAUUGAACAAUCUGAGCAAAAUAACCCUAUGGGAGGUAUGAUGCAGGAUUUGGCGUUUGCUAUUCCUGGUGUUGACGAAGCUAUGGGAUUCGCUGAAGUGAUGAAACAAGUAAAGACCAUGUCUUACUCAGUUGUGGUCUUUGAUACUGCACCCACUGGACACACGCUUCGUUUCUUAUCGUUCCCCACUGUAUUAGAAAAGGCACUUGCAAAGAUUAGUGGAUUAAGUAGCCGUUUUGGUCCAAUGGUUCAACAAGUAUCAGGUAUGAUGGGUAUGAACGCCAAUCAAGAGGAUAUGUUUUCAAAAUUAGAGGAAAUGAGAUCCAUUAUUAACGAAGUCAAUAAGCAGUUCAAAGAUCCUAAUACAACCACCUUUGUCUGUGUUUGUAUCUCUGAAUUCUUGUCUUUAUAUGAAACAGAACGAAUGAUUCAAGAAUUGACUUCUUAUCAUAUUGAUACGCACAACAUUGUCGUCAAUCAAUUAUUAUUCCCUAAAGAAGAUUCCAACUGUGAACAUUGUACUGUUAGACACAAGAUGCAGCAAAAGUAUUUAGAUCAAAUCUAUGAUCUUUAUGAAGAUUUCCAUAUUGUUCGUAUGCCUUUAUUAACAAAAGAAGUUCGUGGUGUUGAAGAAAUCAAGGAGUUCUCAAAGAUGUUGGUUGAACCAUUUCAAGAAAAAAAAUAA